AUGACGCUCAUACCGGCUAGCCUCACGAUCCUCUCCCUGAAUGCAAGGGGCCUCAACAAACCAGAAAAGAGGGCAACUGCCCUAAGAGACUUUCACUCCGCCAGUGCGUCCAUAGUAUAUUUACAAGAGACGCACUUUAAAGAAGGGUCACGACCCAAACUACACGACCACCGAUACCCCACGGGUUACUUUAGCGACUAUCACGGGGGUAAGGCCCGGGGCACCGCGAUACUACUACACAAAAGAGUACCACUACAGGAGAUGGGGGUCCAAACAGAUAGGGAGGGCAGAUUUGUUUUCCUGAAGGGCACAAUCGCAGGCCAGAUCUACACGUUCGCCAACAUAUAUGUCCCCAACCAGAGACACUAUAGAUUCCUCUCACGGACUUUUCGCAAGUUACAGGCAUUCGCCCAGGGCGUCCUAGUACUGGGGGGAGAUUUUAACCUGGCCCUGGAUCCGAAGUGGGACACCUCCACGGGCUCAUCACAUGUCCCAGCCCAACAAUUAUCCGUAAUCAAAACUCUCCUCACUAAACACAAGCUAGUUGAUAGUUGGAGGGCACACCAUCCUGACGAGAGGGACUAUACGUUCUAUUCACAUCCCCACAACUCAUACACUAGGAUUGACUAUUUCUUCCUGCAACACUAUCACCUACCACUGGUGGUACAAACAGAACACGGCACGGCGACAUGGUCUGACCACGCACCGGUAGCACUCACAUUAACCUCCCCUCUGUUUAGACCCAGGGUGACUAAAUGGCGACUUAAUGAGUACCUACUCUCCGAACCCACAGUUAAAUCCGACACCGAAUCUACCCUCAGAGAGUACUUCACCAACAACACACCUGACCAAACAACCCCGACAAUAGUGUGGGAGGCGCACAAAAGCGUAGUGAGGGGCCACCUAAUACAAAGGAGCGCCACACUGAAAAAACAGAGGGAAGCGAAAAUGACCGCCCUUCUGGCAGACAUCCAGAGGCUAGAUAGCCUCAACAAAAAAGAACAGACACACACACAACAGGAACAAUUGCUUUCCUUACGUAGAGACCUGACUCGACUCCUCCAAACCAGAUACCACCGAGACGUACUACGACAUAAGGCGUUUUUCUCCUUACAUGGUAACAAAAGUGGCAGAUUACUGGCUCGGAUGCUCACUAAACGUAGACAACAGACAUACAUAGACCGUAUCCGAGAUAACAAAAACAUGCUACAUCGACUCCCCACUAAGAUCCAAGAGGUAAUUAGGGCAUACUACGCGGACCUAUACUCCCUCCCGAGGCCGACGUCGACCCAAGCAACCAAACACCUAAUGGAUACCAUUAACGACUACCUCACCACACACAUGGCACACACAUUAGGCAGGGACACGGUGUCCCUCCUGGACGAAGAAAUCACACCGGAGGAACUGGCUGCGGCUAUUAAGCGAACAAAGCCCGGCAGAAGCCCGGGCCCGGAUGGCCUGCCGCUCUGUUAUUAUAAGACUUAUGCGGACAUACUAUACGAGCCCCUCAUAGCAGCGUUCAACGCGGUCAGGGAGGGCCACCACUUCCCCAAACAGACUUUGGCAGCAUACAUCACCGUCCUGCCCAAGGAGGGGAGGGAUGGAGAGCAUUGUGGAAACUACCGGCCGAUAUCCCUUAUAAACUGCGACCUCAAGCUGCUGGCCAAAAUACUGGCCACCAGACUACAGACACACAUACCCACGCUGAUACACCCGGAUCAAGUGGGGUUUGUACCGGGGAGGGAAGCCCGCGACAAUACGAUACGCACGCUCACUCUGAUGCACGGGGACAGGCGCUCGCGCGGAGACCUCCUCCUGCUAUCUACAGACGCGGAGAAGGCCUUUGAUAGGGUCAACUGGGAUUACCUGUUCCAGACCCUCUCGCGUACGGGACUGGGCCCGGGAGUCAUGGGGUGGAUAACGGCCCUAUACACACAACCUUCUGCCCAAGUGAUAGUUAACGGGGCGUUGUCAGCACCGUUCAACAUACUAAACGGCACACGUCAGGGAUGCCCACUAUCCCCACUGCUUUUCGUUCUAGCCUUAGAACCGUUCUUAGUGGCAGUUAGGAACAAUCCAGAUAUAACGGGAGUGAUGGCAGGGACGACACACCACAAAGUAGCGGCAUAUGCAGACGACAUGCUCUUUUACGUGACAAACCCGGAAGUAUCCUUACCCAACAUCCUGAAAGCCUUUCGGGACUUCGGUAGGAUAUCUAAUUUAAAAAUAAACCUCUCCAAAUCAUACAUUCUAAACAUUGAUAUCCUGGCGCGACGGGCGACACCGCUAUGCCAACACUAUACAUUUCAAUGGGCCACGCACAAAAUAAAAUACUUAGGAAUCUGGUUAACACGGAACGCAGGGGACAUGUUCAGGGAAAACUUCACCACCAUACACACGAAGUUUCGCACGGAAAUGCAGGAAUGGGCAUACCCACACAUCUCAUGGCUUGGCAGGAUACAAGUAGUCAAAAUGAAUUUUCUCCCCCGCCUCCUGUACCUCUUCCAAACCAUCCCCAUUACAGUCCCCCGCACAUUCUUCGUCACGCUCCGCACUGCAUUCGGGCGAUACGUCUGGAAUGGGAAACGACCAAGACUCAGACAUACCCUAUUAACGCUACCGAAGGAUAGAGGAGGCCUGGCAUUGCCGGACUUCACUCUCUAUUAUAGGUCCUGUCACUUCCUGCGGAUAAUAGAAUGGUCCAAACAAGGGGUGCAGAAGCAAUGGAAACAAGCAGAAGAAGUCGAGGCAGGUGUCCCAGUCGCGGUCCUGCCAUGGCUGCCUCCCGGGAUCGGGAGCAAGGGGAGGAAAUGCUCCCCAUACAUCAAGGCUACUCUGCAAGAGUGGCACCGCACAAAGGAUAGACAUGAGCUAGCACCGUACCCAUCGCCCCUUCUCCCACUAAUACACAACCCAAACUUUCCACCGGGACUGGACCCAAGGGCUUUCCACGCGCUGAUCCAAGACCCAAUCCCCAGACUUAGCCACGUCUAUACGGCAAAUGGCCUCAAGACACUCAGGGACAUGAGGGGAGACGCAGACUUUAACCUCCUGAUACGCCUAAAACACAAACAACUCCAGAGCUACAUAGCAACUCUUCCACAGGGGCCCAUUUUAUCGAGAGCUCCCACAUACUUUGAAGACAUAUGCCUACACCCAGACCCGUUAACCCACGGAGUCUCCCUCAUGUACACAUCACUUCUGACUCAAACACCAAUAGCACAACCAAGCUUUAUGGGGAAAUGGGAGGCAGCACUGGGUCGUACGAUUCAUAAGGCAGACUGGGAAAAAAUUUGCUAUCUCACGCACCAUUGCUCUAGCUUCAGCAAGACGCAGGAAACAGCAUACAAACUACUGACACACUGGUACUGCACCCCCGCGGCACUACACGAACAUAUCCCAGAAUACCCCCCAGUGUGCUGGAGAUGCGGAGAGGGGACGGGCACGCUUCUACACAUCUGGUGGGAAUGCAACAAAAUCGCACCGUUCUGGAAAGCCAUACACAAAAUUAUAGGGCAACUCUCAGACGACCCACCCCCAUUCGGCCCAGCAGAAAUGCUUCUACACCUCACUAAGGUCCCUAGGACCAUAUAUAAGAAAUCACUGACGAUCCGCAUACUAAACGUAGCUAAAACUACCAUACCACAACACUGGAAACAGCAGACCACUCCGCCACUGAAAACUUGGUUCACCCAAAUGGAGGAGUUGAGGUCCUUAGAAGAACUCCACGCCACAGCGAAUAACACACACCAAACCUAUCUCAAUAUAUGGACGCACUGGCUACUGAAGUCGACACAACCAGGCUUCCUGGGCGAGACCCAGGCCCAACAAUAGAGACUGGACUAACGCUACACCAAGAGGCGGACACCUGACACCGACAGAACCUAGACCCCUAUCCCGAUACCCCCCCACCACGACAUACCCAUCCCGACCACCUUAACACACGAGUAAAAGGUACCCUUGAUUUGGCAGGGAUCGCCUAGUACCGCAUGGAUUAGGGCGACUUGGAGACCACACAUGGUGGACAUCCGCCAUGUAGGCAGACGGUUCAUGACCAUAGUAAAGUAGGGGAGAGGACGGACAAUUAUCAUGGAACGCAUGGGGACGGGGAGGUAUCACGUCCAAGUUUAGGUUUUCAACUAGCAGUUUAAGCUAGGAGACUGAUGAACUGAGUAUAUCAUGAGUUGUCUGUUCCUCAACUGCUUGUUCCAAACAGUGUAUAAAAUACCAUCGCAAGAGGGACCUGCGAGUCCACAUUGUCUAUGGGGCCUGCGAGCCCGCACUGCUACCCAACCUUACAAUGUCGCUGAUUUACUCUAUGCCCUCACUAAGUAUGGACCUGCGAGUCCAAAUGAAGUAGGACUGCCUCGAUUUGAAAAAUGAAAAUAAAAAUCAUAUUUACAAAAAAAAAAAAAAAAAGUUUAUGGAUUCUUGGCUCCAAUGAUGCCACUGCAACACGGAGAGCCAUUUGUAUGUCAAGUCGACAGCUGCACUUAUUUUUCAUUGCCGUAACAAAUGAGAAUGUCUUUUCACACAAAUAUGUUUUUGCAAAUGGAAUAAAAAUUUUGUUUUACAGACACACACAGACAGACAGAAUACAAUACCAAUGUGACUUACACAACUCCACAAAUAAAGUGCUUAGUGAAAAAAGUGCAUAUGGAUAAUUUGUCACUUAAAGGUUCACUAUAGUAUCAAGAAAAACAAAGCGGUUUUCCUGACACUAUAGUGCCCUGAGGGUGCCCCCACCCUCAGGGUCCCCGUCCCGUGGCGCUGAAGGGGUUAAAACCCCUUCAGCCACUUACCUUAUUCCAGCGCCGGGCUCCCUCGGCGCUGGUGACCUCUCCUCCCCCGCCGAUGUCCGCUCCCUUUGCCGACGUCAGCGGAGCUCAAUGCUUUCCUAUGGACGCUCUGCACGAUGGAGACAUAAUAUGGCAUUUAUAUUAAUAUGGCAUAAUAUGCCUCCAGCAUCGCAGAUGCCCCUCUAGUGGCUGUCCAGAAGAGAGCCACUAGAGGCUGGCUUAACCCUGCAAUGCAAACAUAGCAGUUUUUAGCAGUUUGCAUCUGCAGGGUUAAAACCUGAGGGACCUGGCACCCAGACCACUUCAUUGAGCUGAAGUGGUCUGGGUGACUAUAGUGUCCCUUUAACUUCCCUUACAGCCAAGGAAUAACCUGAAGAUUUCCUCAAAUCUUCAAUUAGUAAAUGCAAAAUAUAGGGUGUGUCCUGCUAGAGAAGAUAUAGAUAGCACAACAUAGUGCAAAACUGGAUAAUGUAAUUUUGGUACAUUACAAAUAUAGAGCCUUCAGAAAAUGAUUGGUAGAUAUCUUUUCAAGUCUUGAACUUUAUUUGUAUCAAUCUCAUUCAAUGAUAAAAAGUGCAACCAAAUCAAAUAGCAAAGUUAUCUACUUACACCAAAGUAAACCGUAGUAGGUAAAGCAUGUCACCUAAGGUACCCUGUGAUUCUUUUGAUCACAUGCUUUACCUACUACUGGCCCCGUGCGUAGAGGAGUAUCAGUGGUGUCUGCUAAUAAGACCCAAAGAAGGGCAAAAUGAUUGUUCACGGUUGUUGUAUCCCUCUUGCAGAAGGAACUUAUUAGAAGUUUGGAUAUGGACUAACCUUGUCAGUGGGAUCAGUCUGAUAUGAUUUUGGUUCAGGUCCCCUAUGGUUCAAGUGAGCAAAAACAUUGAUUAACAAUUUUUUUAAAUGUAUUUUUGUAUAAAAAAUUUUUUCCAAGUGGUGAGGUGUCUACCUGAAUUUUCUUAGCAGAAGCAGAAAAUCAGAGCUUCUGCUAAUGGGACCAAAACCUUUAGAUUAUACAAACUAGCUCAGGAGUUGAUUGCAAGCAGUUCCCAGAUAGAUGUAGAAUUGCAUAAAAAAAUACUUUUGAUAAUUAAUUACUUUGCCAUGAUUAACCCAGGGGGCAUGGUAAAAUAUCCCUCCCUAAAGUAGUUGGAAUAUUAAAGGACCACUCUAGGCACCCAGACCACUUCAGCUUAAUGAAGUGGUCUGGGUGCCUGGUCCAGCUAGGGUUAACCCAUUUUUUCAUAAACAUAGCAGUUUCAGAGAAACUGCUAUGUUUAUGAAUGGGUUAAGCCUUCCCCCUAAUCCUCUAGUGGCUGUCUUAUUGACAGCCACUAGAGGCGCUUGCGUGCUUGUCACUGUGAUUAUGAAUGCUUUCCUAUGUGACCGGCUGAAUGCGCGCGCAGCUCUUGCCGCGCGUGCACAUUCAGCCCAGGAGGAGGAUCGGAGGAGGAGAGCUCCCCGCCCAGCGCUGGAAAAAGGUAAGUUUAACCCCUUUUCCCCUUUCCAGAGCCGGGCGGGAGGGGGUCACUGAUGGUGGGGGCACCCUCAGGGCACUAUAGUGCCAGGAAAACGAGUAUGUUUUCCUGGCACUAUAGUGGUCCUUUAACUUGUUUGAACAGGGCCCUCAUCUAGCUAUUGUUUCUAUGUCACUGUUUAAUUGUCUCAUUUAUUGUAAAUUCCCCCCCCUCCUUUUCAUAAUAUUGUAAAGCGUUGAGGAAUUGGUUGGCACUAUAUAAAUACCAAUAAUAAUAAGCAUUAAUAAAGUAUCAGUUCAGACUCAAAUUGUUUUCUUGCUUUAUUUUUAUUUUUCUAUGUUUCUAUGCAUUUUUGUAAAAUGAUCGCAGUGAUCAUAAAAUGAUCGCAGUUAUAUACAAUAAGCAAUGUCUAACUUUCUUAACAUAUUAAAAUCACAUUCAUUUUUAGUACAUCCCAGACCCCGCUGUCUGGGCUUAGCAGUGAUAUCCAGGUAAGAUUAUUUACCAGUUGUUUUUAACAUUUCUUUUCAGAGGUAGCCUAUUCUCCCACCUUAUCAUCAUUUGCAGCCUUUGUUUUACUUGUUUUGUACUUCUGAACAUGUUCUAAUUCCAAAUGGAUUUUGCCUCUUGCAAAUUUGUAUUGGUAAAGUAUGCCUUCAACAUGUCUGGCAUAUUUGUAUUGUUUACAUAUCUUGAACUAUAGUAGCUCAGUGUAGGUUUUAAGGGAAAAUGCAGAAAGUCACAAAGACGUGAAAAGACCAGAGCAAGAUGGAGAUUUAUAAAAGUGUUACUUAAUGCUAAUGCACUAGCCAUACCAAAGUGUUUUUAAAUCGAUUACAUAUGGUUGGGUUUGAUAAACUGCAUCUUGUAUAAAACAAUUCUCAUAGAUCUGAAGUUCCAUUUAAUAUGUUAAUGUGGCCGUUGUCUUGUCUUUUAUGUUUUGUUACUUAAAGUUUAUAUUCAUUAAUUUUAAUUAUUUUUUUCAUUAUUUUGUUGCAUGCGAUUUUACGUUCUUGAUUUCUUUUCUAACUAGAGGCGAGCUAGACAGGUUCUGAUUAUGUUAACCCUUAUUGUUUUGUUCAUACACAGUUAGCCUUACAAGAGGAGAAGUUAAAACUAGAAGAAGAGGCUUUAUAUGCUGCACAGCGUGAAGCAGCCAGGGCAGCCACGAAAAGAAAGCUUUUGGAGGUGAGGGGAUGAUGCCCCAAUACUUGUAGACCUUCCUGUACCAGUAGAUACAUGUGUGUCUUUUUAGGCCAGCAAGGACUCCUCUCCUGCUGAUAUACUGUAAAGAAAGGCCUGCUUUUUUUGGCAACAAGUUGUCACACACCCCCCUUCCUUCUUUUUGUACGGCAAUUGAUAAUUAAAGACAUAUUACAAUCUAAAACUAAUGCUAUUUGAAAAUUUUACAUCUUGCCCCUUCAGUCUUACUGCUCAAUUCUCUGUCAUUUAGUUAAAUCACUAAGUUUAUUCACACCUACCCUGACUAUGUUAUUCACUAAGGGGAGAAUUCAAGGUGAAUUCAAAGUAAAUUUUAAAUUUAAGGUCAAAACAUCCAAACUGAAAAGAGUCUCUAAGUCAACUAUGCUACUCUUGCCUUAAAUCUAAAAUUCACCUUGAAUUCUCACUUCAGUAAAUAACCCUGUAAACGUUUAGCGUCCCUUGUUGCACAGUGUGUUUAAAGGGACACUAUAGGCACCAGGACAACUUUAGCUUAGGGAAACGGUUUUGGUGGCCUGUAGUCUCACUGCUCAUUUUUCUGCAAUUUAGUAGUUAAAUCACUUUUGUUUCUGUUUAUGCACCUCUAGCAACUACUCCCCCAGUUGUGAUUUGCACAGCCUGCAUGAAAAUUUUUUUUUAUUUUCACUCCGAUGUUAACUUGCUUUGGGAGUUUUUAUCUCCUGCACUGUAAAUGGAACUUGAUCCACAUACAGAAUGGUCUUGCAGGGUCUAGAAGGCUAUAAACAGAGCACCAGAUAAUACAUUCUAAAUUAAACAGAAUAUGCAAUAAAGUAAGUUUUAACAUUUGAUCUUGCUUUGCCGGACUAAAGUUUCAUGGCAGAGAAUUCAGCAGUGAGACUGCAGGGACAUGAGCUAUACAUAAAAAACUGUUUCAAUAAACUAAAGUUGUCCUGGUUCUUAUAGUGUCCCUUUAAUUUAAAAUGUCCUGUCUCCUGCUCUUUUAAUUGCUUGCUAGAUCCUGUAACAGUCAUGUGUGUGAUUUGAAGUUCAAUUAAUAGAGAAGGAGAUUAGAACUUGUAAAGUAAACACACUCUGUAAAAGUAAAACUUUUUUUUUUUUCUAUGGAGGCUGUGUGCGUCACAACCAGGGGAGGUGUGCCGAGAGCUGCAUAAAUAAAGACAUUUAACUCAUAGGGGCAGAGCAAGCAGUGAGAUUGCACGGGCAUGGUAUAUACACCAAGCUGCUUUGUUGUGGUGCUUAGAGUAUAUAUUGCUUGUGUUAAAGGAACAAUAAUGUUUUUUUUAAAAGUAUUUUAAUUCUUAUUAUGAAUGUAAAAAAUCACAAAUGCCCUUUUAACUCCAUUUAAAUCCCCCCUGAAUUUCACUUUAAAAUGCAGAUGUUGCUAAUGUGAGGCAACCAACUAGUGGAAUCACCCUUGAUAUUUCUGUGGUUUUCAUGGCGAUUUCUCAACUCUGUACCACUUUUUUCUUUUGGCAACAUUUCAUGAAAAAAAAUUCCCAGGCACUCUGUUGACACCCAACACAAUGCAAUGAUUUUUCAAUUAUCCAACAAAACUGAAUAAUUUAUUUCACUCAGUAUCACUGUUUAUAGUCAGAGCAUUUUGAGUUUGGCAUGUAAUGCAUAUUUAAAACAGAAAUUUAAAAACCAAACAUUUUAGUUUAAAGGGACACUUUAGGGUAGGGAACAGGAACAUGUAUUCCUGACCCAACCCUCCAUUUUGGUGGCUUGUUUACAUUGCAGCUCAAAGUCUGCCCUCUGUGGCUGUCUGCCAGACAGCCACUAGAGGGCUUCCGGCAUCCAAACGGACUUUUGGUCCAUUAUCUCACGCACAUUAGGUCGGUGGGGAAGAAGCGUGGGCAGAGCUUGACCCAGCACCGAGGGACAUCGAGGCUGGAUUCAGGUAAGUUUUGUGCAGCACUGCCCCGAGAAGCACCACCAGUAGCCAUCUGAGGAGUGGCCACUUGGAGAUGUCCUUAGGGGCAAUGUAAACACUGCAUUUUCUUUGGAAAGGCAGUGUUUGCAUGAAAAUGCCUGCAUAUAAUGAUUAUACUCACCAGAACAACUGCAUUAAGCUGUAGUUGUUCUGGUGACUAUAGUGUCUCUUUAAAUAAACACUAAUGGGUUACAUUUUACUUGUUGUACAAUGGCUCCCAGCCUUUUUUGAAACUACGCACACUUCAAUGAAAUACAUUCCACAGCACACUUUAAUGACAGAAGUUCCAAAGCACACCGACUUUUUGUUUUUGUUUUUAAUGUCAAGAGCAACUUUUGAAUGUCACUUUUACAUGACGAGAGAGGUAUGCAUGCUUCUAGCCAAACUGACUUGGUUAGUUUCAAAGGGGAUCUGCUAGUUCCCAAGAUUUUUAAUAUUAUGUUUAUUUGUGAGGUGUAAAAUAAAUAAAAAUAAAUGUAGAAAUAAAAUUACCUGCCUGAUUUACAACUCCCAGGGGGCAAGCCAGGUGCUGCAACAAAACUCUAAAGUUAGUUGGUACAGGGUGCACUAUGCAAUAAUAACAAUUAAAUGUUAUGCAGCUUAAAGUGAUCAUUUAAAAUGAUAUAUAAAAUCAUCUUGUGCUCUGUUAUAUACUCUCUGUAUACAGUUGCAAUCACUGACCUAGUUUCCCAGUGUUCUUUUAAGAGUAGGUUUCUGUGUACAUUGUGCUCAAAGAACUCCUUGAUGAGGUUUAUGCAUCCAUAAUCACAGUUUUAUGAUGUGAUAUGAAACACCAUAUGACCAUUAAAGGGACACUCAAUGAACCAUAUCUACUACUGCCUAUGAUGGUGAUUUAUGUACCAUGAAGAAUUCAGAAAAAGUUACCUUUGAAAUCAUUACGUUUUUUGGGUUUUUCUUUUAACCGCCAUUUCAACCUACCCUUCACAAUUGUCACAGUAUACAAACUGCCUGCUGGUACUGUGCAAGUCAUUUAUUUGUAGAAUCUGUGUGACACUGUGCUUUGAGAUGAGCAGAGAAAGGUGUUCUGUGUGUGCGCACUGUAACCGUUUCUUCAAGUGAAGGUGAUUGCCUUGCAUGGAGUUAGCCGGUAGUGUGCUCGCUCGCUAUACACGUACUUGGACAUCUUAAUUGGAAAGUACAUUCUGGUGCUGAUAUUAAAGUAAAAAGAAAGAAAACCACAAAAAAGUUAUGCAUUAGGGAGCAAACAACAUUCUUACAUGAGUUACCUGGCACUGUAACUUUUGCAUUUUAUAUUCAUCAGGUAAAACAUAUAAACAAAAACAAAAAAAUAUCAUGGUAAGUGGAGAAUUGUGAAGGUUGUACUUCAAUUAAUGCGUGGGGCUUCAGUUUAGCUAAGGUAAAUUGGAUCUGGAGUCUGGGCACAACUGUGUGAAUUUAAGCUCAAUAGCCACUUUGUAAUUUUUUGUCCCACAUUUUACAAAUGGGUCUUCUGUUACCACAAUUCACUGUUUAGUAAAUAAACCUUAGUGUUUGCAUUGGUAAAAUAUCUCCCAUGAUAUUAAAUAAAUUCAGGUUAUAUUGAGCCAUUACUGUCCUUUUAAGAAAUGUUUUCCCAUUGAAAUGACCAUAUUUAGUGUAGAACACAUAUUAAUGGAAAAAUAUAGUAAAAAUGAUGUAUGAAGAGCAGCUUUAGGGCAAAGUUUUAAAAGUAGCGCAGUCACCCUGGAAACCAAUGGAAUGUUGCAGCCGAUUGCUCCAAUUAUAGAACUUAGUACUUGUUUAUUUAUCUAUAAAUUAACUGACUUUGAAAGAUUGACUCUUUAUACAUAACCUCAUUCUGUUGAACACAUUAUUUUCUACUACGGUAGGUACAUUACAUAUAUUUGCCCUUCUGAAGGGGUCAUUUGGCAUUUGUGUUUCUAUGUGUAAGCACCCCCAUGGUUUGUUUACUGUAUCAAUCUCCUGUAGAUAUCAUGCCAUCACUCAAUCAGUUUUUCACAAAGCUUGAUCGUGCAGAUACAUGGAAAAUUAUCAAGCGAACCUAGGAGAUUAGUUGGAAUAUGUUCCCAACUUUAAGAACUUAUAGUUUUUACAAGUGAUAUAGGGCAGUUAAAAUUUGUGGAAACUAUGUGAACUUUUAAAAUAUCAACAAUUUUAGGUCACUAUGGGAAUAAACAGAUUUACUAUACAAUAUGUGCAGUUUCCAACAGCUGAGCGUUGUCAUGUAUUAAGUGAAACUGACAUGCUUUGGCUACAGCACUAUUUGUGGUGCUCCUUUACUGGAGAGCAAACCAAGAUCUAAGUAAGAAUGGACUGUACUGGGUCUUGUCUGAAUCACUGGGUUACUGAUGAAGGUAAUGCACUAUUCAGGAAUAUUCAUUUAAGCUAUGUAAGUGGCAGAGGUGUGUUUUUAUCACAUUGCUUUGCAAUAUCCAAGGCUCACUUCAGGCAUUGAAAGUGGGAAAAUCAUCACCACUAUUAGGAAUGUGACCUAGGAUGGCAACUAGUUAUCUUACAUACAUUCUAUGUGUGACAUGGUACUCGCUAAAUUAGAAUUGGUGACAUGCAAUCACGCUCAGUGUGUGACAACACAAUACCUAAAGCUAUUUGUUUACUUGCAUAUAUAGCUACAUGUAAUCUAUGUCAGUUAACAGGCACAAUUCCUGCAACCGUUUACUAUAGCAACAUCAUGCAAACGCAGCAUUCUUGCUAUCCUGACCUAUGUCAAAAUCGUGAAUGCCAUUUGCACAAUUACUAUAAUUGUGAACAAUGCUACACUUCCUUUAAACAAUAUAUUCAUGUUAUUACCCAUUUACAGAAAACUAUAUGACUGUUUUUUUUUCCCCUUUUUUAUUUUUUUAUUUCUUCAGCAACAUCGGUUACAGUGGCUUAAGCAAAGAGCUCAAGCAUUUAAAAGUGGGGAAAACAUGAAAGGGUAAUUUUUAUUUUGUUUAUUACAUGAUUCAUAACACUGGUUUAUAUCUGCAUGGCAUAUCUUAAUGUAUGUGUAUGAAACCGUAUAUCAGUUAUCGGAGACGUUGAUGCAUCCUUGGUGGCUAAUUGUACCACCUCAUACCUGGAAAUUAGGUUCUUUAAAUUAUUUAUUUAUAAAAUCUUUUACCAGGAAGGAUACAUUGAGAUUUCUCUCGUUUUCAAGUAUGUCCUGGGUCCACAAAUCAUUGCAUUGUUACAAUUAGGUACAACAAAAUACAAAAACAAUAUUAAUACAAAAUAAAGCUCUCUUUGUUUUUGAGUGUAUUUCCUAUUUGUUAAGCAGAUAUCUAAUUUUAUAUUUGCAAUUUUGCAUUAUUGUAUUCUAUUUUUUUAUUUCAUAUAUUGUAUUGUGAGGCACUGAAGUCACGAUAUCACUGACUAUAUAUGUCGUAGUGGGGAACAAAACGCUACAGGCCUUUUCUAUUAGGGCUUGUAUAAACAUUCCAUUCCAUGUGAGUGGGCACUCAGCACUUUCUCUAUUUUCAUAUCCACCCAUUGCAAGAUAUACUACACUAUUAGUCCCUAUCUUUUCUAGCUUUUUUUAUUUUAACAUGUACCUACUGAGAGGAGGACCAAAUCAUAUAGUAACAAAGGCCACUGGACAAAUAUAUUAAACUUUUUACUUUUAUUUAUUUUACUGUAUCUCACGUUAUAUAUUUUCACAUCUGGCCCAAUCUUUCUUCUUUACAAAAAUGCCUGUAGGCAGCUGCCUGCUAUGGCAAAUGGGAAAUCUGGGCCCUGGACACAGGUACAAUACAGCAACUACUUCAGAGACUGUUACCUUGCUGAUAGACUGACAGAUUUAUUGGAGAAAGAUAUCAAUAGUUAUAUCCCCUCUUAUCUUCAUACUGAAUUACAGGAGCACCUCAAUUAAAAAGUAUUUCAGUAUUUGUAUAGCACCAACAUUUACAGCAGUGUUUUACAAUGAAUAUAUAUAUAUAAAAGCAAGAAAUGACAAAUAAAGUAAAUAAAAACAAGAUGUGAAGAUGGGCCUACUCAGAUGUGCUUAUAUAGGACUUACAGUACAGGGGUCAAGACUUGCUUUUUCAAGUGUGCACCCACAAGGAAGGAAUUGCCAUAUGCAUCUUGAGUCAUAUAGAGGGAGAGUGGAUGCUGUUUUAUGAGUGAAUGGAGUUGAAAAUUGAUCAUUUUUAAUGAUUUUAAUAUAGUUACAAAACAGCAAAUAAAGAAUAUUGGUUAAAAUAAUAGAAAUGCAAUAGAAUUUGCAAUAAAAGUAGUGCAAACAUUAAAUUACUCUUUACAGGAAGGCUGUGUAAGUCACAUGCAGGGAGGUGUGACUAGGGCUGUAUAAACAAAGUAAUUUUAACCUCUGAAUAGCUGAGAAGUGAAUUGCAGGGGCAUGAUCUAUACACUUAAACUGCUUCAUUAAGCUAAAGUGUUUUGAUGACUAUAGUGUUUUGAUGACUAUAGCUGAGAAGUGAAUUGCAGGGGCAUGAUCUAUACACUUAAACUGCUUCAUUAAGCUAAAGUGUUUUGAUGACUAUAGUGUCCCUUAGUGCCACUUCUGCAUUAAAUCACAGCUCUAGUUGAAAAUUAUCAAAAUUUCAUAAAACCCAGUGGGUUCAACAUGCAGGCUAUCACAGCAUUUUUUUUGUGGGCUUGGCACAUUAACUAGUUGGAACAGUAAUUGCUGCUUGCAAGAUCGCUAUUUUAUUUUUUAAAUACAUCAAUGAUUUGCCUUUCUAAGAAUAAUAAUGUAGCAAUUUCCUGUUCCCUACUAAAAGAAACACAUUUAAAAAUAUAGUUUUUAGGUUAGUGUUACCUAAUUGUGUGUGUGUGUGUGUGUGUGUAUAUAUGUAUGUGUAUGUGUGUGUGUGUGUGUGUGUGUGUGUGUGUGUAUACACACAAAUAUAUACAGAGAUGUUUCUUUAUUUUUCUUUAUUUUUGAAGUGCAGAUAUAGAUUUAUUUUUUUUAAAGUCGCUGCUCACCAAGGCCCCUUGUAGGGUAUUGUUAUGUAACUUGAUUAUGUCUGCAUGCAGGAAUGCAUAAAACUAAAUUCUGACUUAAUGCUACUGUUUAAUUCCUUGCCUAUACUUUGAUAAUUGGAUGAAAAGUAAGACAUACCUAUCUACCUGUGUAAGACAAAGUAACAUUGAAUUGUUCUUACAGCUCAGAAGAUUUUGAAUCCUAUUUGCAGAACGUGAAAUCACAAUAUGAAGUAUUCAGGAGUAGUAGUAAGUUAUUAAACCUAUUAAUUUCUUCACCAGGAAUUUUGCCAGUAGAAAAUCACUUCAUAAUUACUUUCAUAUAAAGCUGUGAUAUAUAUACAAUGCAAACACUUCUGCAUUGUGUUAGUGGUGUGCAGGAUGAUUUGACAUGUCAGUCAUUUAGGACUGAAAAAGAAGAAAUGGGUUUGAUGAACUGGAUAAAGGAAGAUUUGGAGGCUAUAUUAGAAAGCAGGUCACAUAACAAGGGUUUAGUCUUGGUUUUGGAGAGAAGAGGAAGAAUGAGAGAUUACUACCUUACAGACCUUCCUGAGUAAAUUACUGCUUUUAGAAAGUAUAGGGAGUAGUCUCAAAAUUGUCCCUUUCCAAAUAUCCAAAUAAAAAAAUGUUUUUUACUUUUACACCAGUGCUGCCAGCUGCUCCGUCUCCCGCAAAAUCCAGCUCACAAGCCAAUGGCCAAUCUAAUGGUCUUAGAAAUUGAUGAGCAGAAAGCACUGCUUGUGCAUCAAAACUUCCACAUAGAAAAGCAUUGUAGUCAAUGCUUUUUUUAUGGGCUUCUGUGUCACUUGUAUGAUUUUUACUGGCAGUGCUGCCGAAGUGCCUCUAUUGACUGUCAGGGAGAUUAGCUACUGAAAACCUCCAAAAACUGUUUUACAUGGCAGGGUUUAAACUAAAGGACCACUGGAUCUAGACAACUUAAUUGAGGGGACUUUAGUGGUCCUUUAAGCACAGUAACAUUGUAUAAGGGAAUCGUAGAACCCACUGAUUUUAUUACAGUUUGUUGAAGACUCAACUACAAGAAUUUAUCCUGCAUGCUCAGUUAGCUGUUCAAUGAAACUUGUUUUGAUAACAGGACCAGUCUAUUUGCAUAUAAAAUACAUAAACUAGCCUUUAAGACAAGUCUCGAUAAACUGUAAAGUUGCAUAUUUCUUCUAACCAGUCUGUGUAUAUCAUUCAGGGCUUUCUUCUGAUGCCAACAUAUUAACUCCAAACACGGAGAGUAGUUGUGAUCUCACCAACAAAACAAAGUCUACGAGUGGCAAUGAUGAUAACACAUCCCUGGAUCUUGAGUGGGAGGAUGAAGAAGGUGAGGAGUUGGCCCAUGUUAUUCAUGCUUUUUACUUAAUUAAAUAUGUAACAUUUGAGAUAAUGACAUAACAUAGUGUGGUUUUAUUAAAAAGUUACCCCAAGCAUCAUAACCAUUAAGGUAGUACCCUGGUGCUGUUCCCCAGUAAUAUAAACCAACAAUGUCCAUGGUGUCUGAACUGCCUCCAAUCUCUCCAGAGCAUAAUGCCAAUCCUGCCAUACAUUCAUUGCCUGGUAGUGUCAGCUGAGCGCUCUCAGCCAAUGAUUAACUCUGUGAAUAGAAUUCAGCCUCUGUUUCCAGGCUGCCUAUUGACACUGCCGUAAGUGGAAUUACACCUCAGGUACCUACCCUAAAUAUCUUUGUAUGUGCAGCAUUUCAUAUGAAAACACUGCACAUGCAGGCUACUUCCAUCAUGACAAAACACUGGAGUAGUCAUGGUGCUUGGAGUAACUCUUUACCCUCCUUUGCUGCAAAGUGCUUGUCUAGCAAUGAGUUACCGCACUUAAAGGAACACUCAGACAUUCUGAAUAACUAGCUGAACCAACUCCUUUUAAAUGGAUGUUCUAGGUACAAUAUUUCCUACAGUUUAUCUUAGUGGUUAUGGUGCUAGUAGUCUGAGUGCAGCCCAUUCAAGAUAGAAGAAAAAAAAACAGGGCUCCCUUUGUACUGAAAACCCAGCUUCUCUGCUGCCCCAUCUGUAUUACCUGUACCCACCCAAGUUUUCAUAGCUGUGAUUAGCUUCAAGCGCUAGUGGUGAGCUGCAUUCACAGCCUAGAGUAAUUUAUAAUGCGCUGACAACUGUUUUGCAGAAUGUAGACUAAAUAGGUUUGGCCAACUUACCUAGAUAUUUUCUCAGGGUGGCAUUCAACCCCACUAACUAUAUUUCAUCAAUGCUCAGGUAUUAAUGUGUACCCUUUUUGACCUAGGAAUAAAUAGGUUGAUUCCAAUGAGAGAGCGCUCCAAGACUGAGGAAGAUAUUCUGCGUGCAGCCUUAACAUACAGUAGGAAGAAGCCCGGGAGUCACGCGGCCUCAGCCUCUGAUGAUUCGAAUGGGCUGGAGUGGGAGAAUGAUUUUGUGAGCGCAGAAAUGGAUGAUAACGGGAACUCCGAAUAUGCAGGGUUUGUUAACCCAGUAACAGAGCAGUCUGCAGAGCAUCAGGACAGGUAG